UAAACAGCACGAGAGGCUGGUGGCCGUAGUAGAGGUACAGUCCGCCGUAGUUGAGCAGGCACUCCUCAAGACGAUGUCAAACAGGCCCGCGAGGCCGAGGAAGACCAACAGCGUUUUGUUGCUUACCCCGCGCAUGAGGGCGCCAAAGAUGGAGCAUCCUAGCACGGCGCCAAAGGACCACCAGAUGAUGCCGACAUAUACAUCGAAUUCCCGGCCGAGAAAGGUGAACAUGAGCUGGGACGGGUCGUGGGAUUGCGACCAGUAGCAGUUUGCGAGGUAGUUGUCGACGGCCUCGGGCAGGACGCAGGUCGCGGCGCCGAGGGUCAGGGCCGUGGGGACGGUGGAGGACCAG